AUGGCACCAACAAAGAAAGCCAAGAAGACUUCCGACUCCAUCAACUCGCGCCUUGCGCUUGUUAUGAAGUCUGGUAAAGUCACCCUCGGAUUACCCUGUAACAAGACCCUCAGCUCCGGAAAGGCCAAGCUGGUGAUCAUAGCUGGCAAUACCCCUCCUCUCCGCAAGAGUGAAAGUCUCCAUGCUAUCGAAUUGGGAACUGCAUGCGGAAAGCUUUUCAGGUGCUCAACUAUGGCUGUAUUGGAUGCUGGUGAUUCGGAUAUCUUGAGCGGACAAACUGCUUAG